AUAUGUCGUUGCAAUAUAGCCCAACUAUUAGUUCAAUAUUGAAUAGUUUCUAAAGAACAGGGUUAUCUUAAGGAUAAGCUUAUUAAAUGGAAUAAUUAUUUUCUGCACUUGACAAACUUGUAAAAUUAGCUAUUUAUAGGAUAGACUGGAUAAUUGUAUGAUCGCGACGUUGCUUAACAACUGUUUGAAUAAUGUUCACCAAACCAAAGAGGUCAAGUUUAGUUAGAGGAUUUUGCAUAAGUUAUAAUAGAAGCGGAUAAAGUGCUCAAGAAAAAAAUAAAUCAAACUGAACAACAAAUACAAUAAUAUAGAGACGAAUUGAAGGAAUGCCAACAAUAGGCAUAAGAAUUACAAUGUAUUCGAUAUAUUUAAAAAGAUAAUUAAAAAUUAAACCCUUAGGGAGUAGAUAGAGAUUCUCAAUUAAUAAUUGUGGUCAAACAAGCUCAUAAUAUUCAAUAUUCUGAUUACCAAUAUAGUUUUGUCAGUAUAAGUUUGGACGGUGCCGAAGUCUAAACCUAAAUGUCUACUGGCGAUAAAUACAAUCCUAAUUUUAACUAACAACUAAAUUUGUAUAUAUAAUUUAAUAUAAAGUCAAAUACAAACUGGGUCUGAAGAGAUUUUAAUAAAGCUGUUUGUAUAGGAUAGGAAUCAGAGAAGAAUAUUAAUUGGUUAAAGCCAUUUAGAUUUGGGUGAAAUGCAUGAUCAAUAAGUUCAUUCUUAGCAAUUACAAUUGGUUAAUGAUAGACAACAACUGCAAACCUACUUACAAAUAGAAUCAUAAUGGAUUCAUAACAAAGUAUCGAGAUUCAUAUGAUUAGUUAAAAUAUCAUUAAGAAAUGAUUCUUAAAUACGAGCAAACUAUUUAAUAGAGUCAAAUUGAUAUUGAUGAUUACCAAAGAGAUUUAUUAACAAUUCAAUAACCAUUUUUGGAAACUAAUCUUAGAAAUAAUUUAUAACAAUCAUUAAAGUAGCCACAAAACUAUUCUUUGCCCCAAUAAAAUUAAGCAUUUAUGUACCAAUAACAACAAAAUCUUCCACAAUAAUAGAAACCGUUUUAAAUGCAGACUCAGCAAUAAUAAAAUAUACAAAUUCAUCAAAUCGAUCCAAAUACUGUGCAAGAUGAAUUAUCAGAUGAGUUAUAUUAUGGAUUCAUUUUAUAUAUGCUGAUGUUGCUUUUGGCUUUAUUUUAAUGUUUCGCUCGUCCAGAUUAUUUGGAUGUAUAAAUGUCAAUAUAAUAAGUUAAUCCUAGCAAUGUUGUAUUUGAUAAUCGUAUGUAGGGACUGUUUCGAACCAACCUAUAUCAAAAUAGUAGGUGUUUUGACUAUUCUAAGUGUUAUUAAUGAUAUUGUUUGGAUUAGCAUCUACAAAGUAUAGCUUGAUUAAAUAUUAGAAUUGGUGGAGUGGUACUGAUAAAACUCUACCUACCUGGGGUGAGGCAGGCGAUCCUAUUGUUAGAAUGACACUAGUUUUUUGUGUUUUUAACAUAAUUUUGAAGGUUUAGAUACAUAAUAUUGAUAGACUGCUUUAUGCUAUAUAUUAUUCCAUUAUUACAAGGAGUCUCAAUAGAAUAAAACAAUCGUCUUUAAGUUUUGGCAAUUUUAAUUUCCAGUUGGAGUGCAUAAGCAAAAUUUAUUUACCAUAAACGGGCUUUUAGUGUGAU